GUGAGACAAACAGACGCCUAACAAUGGCCCAAGGUUGGGUUUGACAUUCUGGAAGAAUGAAGCCAAAAUGCUUGUGUGUUUUCCUGGUGUGCUUGGUAGGCGUACAAGCUGCUUGGUGGAAUGUAUGGCCUAAAUGCUGGAAACGCAAAGCCGUCGGUCACUGUUCUCAGAAGAUACCAUCGUGGUACUACAGUUUCUGGAGUGGCAAUUGCAAAGGUUUCCUAUACAGUGGCUGCGGCGGAAACUCAAAUCGAUUCAGUUCGGAAGGGGAAUGCCAAAAAGCGUGCACACGUCGUCACAAAAAUCGGGAAGUCUGCAGCUUGAAGGCCAAACCCGGAGUUUGCCAAGGUUUUCGUCCAUCGUGGUAUUACGAUGCUGCGCAAGAUCGUUGCCGUGGAUUUAUUUACAGUGGAUGUAAUGGGAAUGCGAACAGAUUUCAAAGCUGCGAGAAGUGCAUGAGACGGUGCAGUGGCAACAAGGACGUAAAGAAGAUAUGUGAAAAAUGGACAGAUGCUUUUCGGAGAAAGUACAGCUUAGGCCUACAACCAAGCCGCAACACAUCCUUACGCACUUUAGCAAAUAUAUUUCGAUGGCGAAGAUGA